GUACCCCACUGUCUGGUCCCGUUACUGGGACAAGUGGUACAAUCAAUAACAGCAGUCACUUAGAAUGGAGAAAUACACCCUGGCGCAUAUUCAUAGUAAUCUAUUAGUCGUUUUGCAGCUCUUUAAUCACAUUUAACUUUGGCGCACUUCUUUGACAUGGGGAAUUAAUUAAUUACUGGCCCUUUGUUCUCGUUUAUCAUGGCGAUUGCCCACGUAGCUACUGAAUACGUCUUCUCCGACUUUCUGUUGAAGGAUCCAACCGAAUCGAAGUACAAGGGACUGCGUCUGGAGCUGGCUAUGGACAAAAUCGUCACGUUUUUAGCGGUCGGUCUUCCCUUGUUUCUCAUCUCCCUUGCGUUCGCCCAAGAGGUGUCAGUGGGUACCCAAAUCAGCUGUUUUGCGCCUACUAACUUUUCCUGGCGACAGGCGGCCUAUGUGGACUCCUUUUGCUGGGCAGCAGUACAGCAACAAGCUGAAAGUUCCCCACUAUGGCUACACAAGUUCUUUCCAUAUAUCCUGCUCUUAGUGGCCAUCCUCAUGUACAUCCCUGCCCUGUUCUGGCGUUUCACAGCUGCCCCACAUCUUUCCUCUGACCUCAACUUUAUCAUGGAGGAGCUUGACCGAUUUUAUAAUAGGGCCAUUCGACUGGCCAAAAACCUGGCAUCCAUAGAGAACAAAGACGUGUGUGAGGACAACCAGUGCACUGCGCUGGACCUGACCGAGGGCUGUUUUAAGUACCCUUUGGUGGAGCAAUAUCUGAAGACCAAACGGUUUUCUCGCAGCCUGGUGGCGAAGUACCUGGUGUGCCGAUGCCUGACUCUCUUCACUCUGCUGCUGGCCAGCCUCUACCUGGGUUACUACAUCCGACUGGCCUCGCUCACCGAUGAGUUUCCCUGUGACAUGCGGACAGGAGUGUUAAAGAACGACAGCAUGGUGCCGUCAGCGGUGCAAUGUAAACUGGUGGCAGUGGGUGUCUUCAGACUGCUGAGCUACAUCAACUUGGCGGUGUAUGUAUUACUUGCUCCCUUGGUGGUUUAUGCUGCCCUGGGUCCGGCACGCCAGAGCUCUAGUUUCCUCCGGCCUUAUGAAAUGCUGCCGGGCUUUGGCGCUUUAGGACUGGUCACACCCUUCUACAACGACCUCAGUAUCUAUCUGCUGUUCCUGCAGGAGAACCUGAGCGAACUCAAAUCGUUUAAGUGCUUGCAGGUGCUGGAGUUGCUGCAGGAGGCAGGGGAUGAGGCUUUUGACACCAUGUGUCUACUGCGAACCCUCGGCCAGGUGAAGACGGAUGUGGUAGACAGUAAGAAGCCCCGCCAACAGAAGAAUAACAGCAAAGAAACUACUAAGCCUGAAGAGUAAUCCUCUUGGAGCUGAGAGGUGUCUCUACUCUGUUGCUGAAUGAUAGGGAGCAUGACAGCAAGGACAUGACGAGCUGUGAUGAAGGGAGGCGUGGAUUGUGUUUUUAACAAUGAGUAUGAGAAUAUCUACUCCAAGAGAAAAACAUAUUGUCUUGGAUCCAGUGUGAUCUGCUGUUGGUCAAAAACUGCCAGUCUUUCUCUUAAAGGAAAGAACCAGUGUUAUUACUUUUUCCACUUUGGUACAUGUUAUUUUCCUCAGGAUCACUGUUAUGCCUUUGAAUUGCGGUUUAGAAUGUAAUCAGUUUUUUUCUAGGAGUAAAAGUUGCAGUUAUUAGUUUGCAGAAAGCUGCCUAUCCUAGCUCAUUUGUUAAAGAAACAAUCUUUUUGUGUCGACUCUAGCCCAUGAAAGCUCGGGAGAAGUUAUCCGAAGAAAGGGCCUAACGUGUUUAGAGUAUAGGUUUUAAAAAGGUGUGAUGAUCAACAUAGGACAGUCCGUGGUACAUAAACACAAUAUAAACACUUGGACCUCAGAGAGGAAACCUUCAAACCCUUCAUUGAGAACGCAGCAAUUGAACUGAAAAGUGUGUACUUUUUUUGUGUGUAAACAUAAAUGAAAAAUUGUCUAAUAAUGUACAUGUCAUUUGGAAGCAAUCGAAACCACAUUAGUGGAUUACUGGAGUGGGACUUUUUUCAAACCUGAGAGCAUCACAUAAGGAGAAAACGCGGAUCUUUCAAGAUUCAAAGUGAUGUGAGACCCUGACCUAGGUCAACCGCUUAGUUCAGAUGUUUCAUGGCCUUUUGAAUACCUCCUGUCUCACUUUAUUUGGGAGGAAAGCACUUACAAAUGCAAAAACAAAAACAAAAUGUGAUUAUUUAAUGUAUGAGUUCAGAUUUCUGGAAUUAUGUAAAGGCUCUCAAGUCAGCAAAUAUUUAGAAUGAAAAAUGGGAGAUGGCACAAGGUUUAGGGUCAAGUGAUUUCUAUAAACUGUUAAGAAAGACCAUACAGUUACAUGUAGGCAUGUAAAUCUUGAUUACUGUGUCAUGACAUUGGUUUAAUAACCUGUCCUCAGUCUUUACCUCUUGCACAUAAUACCUGUUUGCUGAGGUAGAGAACCUCAUUUACAGACUCUCCUUAUGCAAUAUUAAAUACACUUGCUACUUGAGAUACUACUUAAAUAUACUUGAUACUUGAGACAUAAAAUGGCAACAAGUUGAUUGUAAAUGCUAGGUUUUAUUUUGCAGUAUCCCAAAGACUGGAAUAUAAUGCUGCAACACAUUAAAUAAAGCACUUGUGUAUUUUUACCCAUUCGUAACCUAAAAAAAGUUUUUCAUUUGGGGCAAUAAAAUGUCAAAAAGACCUAUGCCCGCAACAAAAAUAGAUCACUACUGAAUACAUGAAAGGGUCUAAAUGACUCUUGAGUGGCCAUUUCUAAACACUUUCAGGAAGAUUGUGAUAAUGUAGUCUUUUAUAAACGCCUGUGAAAUGUGAAUUGAGUUAUACAGACAAAACAUGACAUUGCACUAAAAUGGGGAUUAUAAUACAACGAUGCUGUAUAUUGCAGAAUGGCUAUAUGAAGGAUGUGGCAACUGUAUUUACUAGAGACAGUUCUCUCAGUAAGGUACCCCAGCAGUACUAAGUCCUAUAGUGAUCAUCUCUUUUAAGGCACUGUAUCUCAUCUAUGGUGUAUGUGCAUUAUAUUCCUUGUAAAUGAAUUAAGUCCUUUCCUACAGGCCAGAAUUCAAA